AUGAAGGCUCUUGUGAUUGCCCUGCUGGCAGCAGUCCUGUGUGCCAAGCAAGCUUCCUCCUUGUUCUGUUACACAUGUGAGAACGAGCACUCCAACUGGAACUGCCUGAAAACCUACAAGUGUGAAGACCAUGAGAAGUACUGCACGACCACAUACAGCUCUGCUGGGUUUGGCAAGGACGUGGGACACCGCAUCACCAAGAAAUGCUCUGCAGACUGCCCCGAGACCAACUUGAACCUUGGGGUGGCAGCUUUUUCCACCAAAUGCUGCCAGACCUCCCUCUGUAACUUCAGUGGUGCCAACAGCAUAAAAAUCAGCUAUGCUGUGAUGUUGCUGGGGAUUGUGGCCAGUUUGGUGUGUGUGGUCAGGGCAGGAUUGUGA